AGCCAGAGCAGACAGCAGCCAGCAGCCAGCGUCAGCGCCAGCGUCCAACUGAACGGACUUAAGUUCCGUUCUGCAUCGUUCGCAUUCGCAUUCGCAUUCGAAUCAACACACAUUCCACAUUCAUUCGCCAUUCAUUCGACAUUCGCGCGCUCGCUUCUGGUUAUUUUGAUAGUCGGUCGAGCGAACUAGACUUGUGCUCGGGACCGUUGCCGCAAGCGUGCCCCGCACCCGUCUCUCUGUCGGUUCAGCUGCCUUUUGUUUGUUUGUUAUUGUUGCCUUUGUUUAUUGGUGCGUGUCUUUAGUUUGCGCUCGUUUGCUUUGAGCCGUUUUUUCGUAACUGAAGAGCGAGGCGGAGAACAGGAGUGCGACGAAGGCAUAAUUAAAUUAAAAUUUACUCACAAGACACUCACACACACACGCACACUCACUCACGGCAGAGGCAACUAAUCACAUUACCAGCCAUCAGGCAUUGACAUCGACGGCGGCAGUCGGCCAGCAACGGAACCAGAAGACAUUCACAGUUUGUGUUGCAUAGUUUUUGGCGCGCGACAUACACACGACCUCUUAACGCAAAUUGAAAACGUUGUGCACUUCAUCCUACGUCCCAUUUCGGACAUCCUAAGUUCAGGUCUACUUCCCGAGCGAAGCGAUCAAAUUAUCAACUUUUCUGUCUGGGGUGGUAUGUGGAUAAAUUUUAGCCGCCAUGGAUCCCAGUGCUCUACAAAACAUGGAUCGGGACGCAUUAAAGAAGCAAAUCGAGAAUAUGAAAUAUCAGGCCUCCAUGGAGCGCUGGCCGUUAUCUAAAAGCAUUGCUGAAAUGCGCUCGUUUAUUGAGGAGAACGAGAAGAAUGAUCCAUUGAUUAAUGCUCCGGAUAAAAAGAACAAUCCGUGGGCUGAAAAGGGCAAAUGUAUCAUCAUGUAAUAUUAUCGCAAACCACAGAAAUACCGUAAUGAUGAACAUCUAAACAACAACAACAACAAUAAUAACAAUAAAACCAAUUCAGCUAACAUUCCAACAACAACAACAGCAACAUCAACAAAUCAAUACCAAAAUAAUGAUAACUAUUUAGCGAGCAAUCGAUGUAGCAGCAGCCAAGCAUCCAAUUCCCUAGAUCCAGUACCGGUAGAGCUGCAGCAUUACAACAACAACUACUACUAUUAUUACAACUACAAUUUGAGCUAUGCACCGCCGCCGGCAGCACCACACGAGUGCCUACUCGGAGGGCCCAAGGGCCGCCUCCAGCAACUGAAGCGUCGCACCCGCCACGAGCUGCAACAGUGGCCGCUGCUCAUGCAGCUGGUGGUGCUCAUCCUGUGGCUGCAUGCCAAAUUCUGGCAUAUCGUGAACGAGCAGAUCCUGAUGCACCGCAGGCGCUGGCAUUAAGUGGCGAAGCAGCAGCGAGAGGCAGAGAAAUGGAGUUGGGGCAGCUUGUUUGGUAUGCCGUGAGAUCUAAGCUUAAGUUCAUAAUUAUUCCACUCUUUCCAAGUCAAUCUUAAUAAAUAUAAUCACAAUAUGCUGCAUACUCUAAA